CCAACAGAGGAUGGAAAAAAGAAAGAAAAGAAGGAGAAAGAAAAAGUCCCAAUGGUUGGACCUUUAGCUUUGUUCAGGUUUGCAACUGGCUCUGAAUACGUGUUGAUCAUUAUUGCGACACUGAUGGCCAUUGUGUGUGGAGUCCUCUUUCCACUCUUGUGUAUUGUAUUUGGAGACAUGACUGACAGUUUUGUAAAUGAUGCCGCCUCCAAGUACAACUUCACCCUCAUCAAUAGCACCUUACAAGACGACAUGACACGUUAUGCCAUCGACUACUCUAUCAUGGGAGUCGCCAUGCUGAUAUCGGGCUACUUGCAUGUAUCCCUCUGGACAAUUGCAGCAGGGCGGCAGGUCAAACGCAUCCGCAAGCUGUUUUUCCACUCUAUCAUGCAGCAGGACAUCAGCUGGUUUGACAUCAAUGAGACAGGAGAGCUCAACACACGUCUCACAGAUGAUGUCUAUAAGAUCCAAGAGGGUAUUGGUGACAAGGUGGGACUGCUGAUCCAGGCCUUCAGUACAUUUAUUUCAUCCUUCAUCAUCGGCUUCACCAAAGGUUGGAAAAUGACUCUUGUCAUCCUGGCCAUCAGUCCUGUGCUGGGCUUAGCAGCAGGAUUGUUUGGUAAGGUGAUGACAUCCUUUACAUCUAAGGAGCAGAGUGCAUAUGCUAAAGCUGGUGCUGUGGCAGAGGAGGUGCUUUCAGCCAUCAGGACAGUGUUUGCCUUCAAUGGUCAGGACAAAGAAAUUGAAAGAUAUCAUAGGAACUUGGAGGAUGCUAAGAACAUGGGAAUAAAGAAGGCCAUCUCUGCUAACAUAGCCAUGGGCUUCACUUUCUUGGUGAUAUACCUGUCGUAUGCUCUGGCCUUCUGGUAUGGCAGCACACUGGUGCUGAGCGGAGAGUACACUAUUGGAAAUGUACUCACUGUGCUCUUUGUCGUCCUUAUUGGAGCUUUCGUCUUGGGACAGACGUCUCCAAACAUCCAGGCCUAUGCAUCUGCCCGCGGAGCUGCACAUAAAGUCUACAGCAUCAUUGACAGAGUUCCAAGCAUCAACAGCUUCUCAGAAGAUGGUUUCAGGCCUGACUCCAUUAAAGGGAACAUAGAGUUCAAGAACAUCCACUUCUGCUACCCGUCAAGACCAGACAUCAAAGUGUUGGAUAACAUGUCUCUGAGUGUGAAAACCGGGCAGACUGUGGCCUUAGUGGGCAGUAGUGGCUGUGGGAAAAGCACAACUAUCCAGUUGUUGCAGAGGUUUUAUGACCCUCAGGAAGGAUCUGUGUUUAUUGACGGUCACGACAUCAGGACUCUUAACGUCAGCUACCUGAGACAGAUGAUCGGAGUCGUGAGUCAAGAGCCCAUCCUCUUUGCCACCACCAUUGCUGAGAACAUCAGAUUUGGUCGACUGGACGUCACACAGGAAGAGAUUGAAAAAGCUGCUAAGGAGGCCAACGCUUAUGACUUCAUUAUGGACCUUCCUGAUAAGUUUGAGACACUGGUCGGAGACAGAGGGACUCAGAUGAGCGGAGGACAGAAGCAGAGGAUUGCCAUCGCUCGAGCUCUGGUCCGCAACCCCAAAAUCCUUCUGCUUGAUGAAGCUACGUCUGCUCUGGAUGCCGAGAGUGAGACCAUUGUACAAGCUGCUCUUGACAAGGUCAGAAUGGGUCGGACCACCAUCAUUGUAGCCCACCGCCUUUCAACCAUCAGAAACGCUGAUGUCAUCGCUGGCUUCCAGAAAGGGGAAAUUACUGAGAUUGGAACGCACACUGAACUUAUGGAAAAAGAAGGAGUGUACCACACACUGGUGACCAUGCAGACCUUUAAGAACGUGAACGAUGACAAUGAGGAGGAAAGUGAGGAGGAUGAAGUUGAGAAGAGUGAUGCAGUUGGGUCUGCGGGGUCCUAUGUACGCAGGAGGAAGUCCACGAGAGGGUCUUCAUUUGCUGCCUCAGAGGGAGAGAAAAAAAAACCUGAGGAUGAGGAAAAGACGACAGAGGAGGAGCCCCCCCCUGUCUCGUUUUUUGAAGUGAUGCGUCUCAACAUGAGUGAAAUGCCGUACAUCGUGGUCGGGAUCAUUUGUGCCAUAAUCAACGGAGCAAUGCAGCCUGUGUUUGCAAUCCUUUUCUCCAAAAUCACAACUGUGUUCACAGAAUUAUAUGUAGAUCCUGAAGGCGUUAAGCAAAAAUCCACCAUGUAUUCCCUUUUGUUUGUUGCUAUUGGAGCUACAUCCUUUGUGACCAUGUUUCUACAGGGUUUCUGUUUUGGUAAAUCUGGAGAGAUUCUGACUUUGAAACUGCGACUCAAGGCUUUUACAGCUAUAAUGAGACAGGAUCUGGGCUGGUUUGAUGACAAAAAAAACAGUGUUGGAGCCCUCACAACCAGACUGGCCACAGACGCUGCCCAAGUACAAGGGGCGACUGGGGCGCGUCUGGCCACCUUGGCUCAGAACGUGGCCAACCUGGGCACCAGCGUGAUCAUCUCCUUUGUGUACAGCUGGGAGCUCAGCCUCCUCAUCAUGGGUGUGGUGCCUUUCAUGGCCCUCGCUGGAGCUCUGGAGAUGAAGCUGCUCGCUGGGCAUGCAGCUGAAGACAAGAAGGAGCUGGAGAAGGCUGGAAAGAUUGCUACAGAAGCCAUCGAGAAUAUCCGCACUGUUGCCUCUCUCAACAGAGAAGCCCGGUUCGAGUCUUUGUAUCAGGAAAACCUCCAAGUGCCAUACAAGAACGCCUGGAAAAAGGCCCACGCCUUCGGUCUCACCUACGCCCUCGCUCAGGCCAUGGUCUACUUUGCUUAUGCGGCCUGCUUCCGCUUUGGAGCUUUUCUUAUUGAAAAAGAAAGGAUAGAGGUUGAAGGAGUUUUCCUUGUGAUUUCUGCUCUCGUGUACGGGGCCAUGGCUGUCGGAGAGGCCAAUGCCUUCGCUCCAAACUACGCCCGGGCCAAAGUGUCAGCCGCUCACCUCAUGAUGCUGAUAAACAAAGAGUCCGCCAUUGAUAAUUUAUCCAAAGAUGGAGAGACGCCGGAUGAAUUUGAUGGUAACGUGUGUUUUGAGGGCGUGAUGUUUAACUACCCCACAAGGCCUAAUGUGCCCAUCCUCAGAGGUCUGGAUCUGAUGGUCAGCAAAGGAGAGACCCUGGCUUUGGUGGGCAGUAGCGGCUGUGGAAAGAGCACCACCAUCCAGCUUCUGGAGAGGUUCUACGACGCCAAUGAAGGCAGCGUGAUGAUGGACAAAAGAAAUGUCAAAGACUUGAAUAUCCUUUGGCUAAGGUCUCAGAUUGGCAUCGUAUCCCAGGAGCCUGUGCUGUUCGACUGCUCCCUGGCUGAAAACAUCGCCUAUGGAGACAACAGCCGUACUGUAACCAUGGAAGAAAUACAGGAGGCCGCUAAGUCAGCCAACAUCCAUGACUUCAUACAGGGCCUGCCAAAGAAGUAUGACACCCAGGCUGGUGAUAAGGGCGCCCAGCUGUCAGGAGGUCAGAAGCAGCGAGUCGCCAUAGCCCGAGCCAUCCUCCGUAACCCCAAAAUGCUGCUGCUGGAUGAGGCCACGUCUGCACUUGACACUGAGAGCGAGAAGGUUUGAAUGUGUUUUUCUUUCUCAGUUUCAGGUCACACCAGUGGAAUUCAUGCUGAAUAUAUGUCAGGUUUAAAGAACAGUUUAAAGAAUUUGGAGAGAAACAACCGGAAUUAUUCACUCAAGA